AGAAGCUCUCAGUCCCUCCUCCCCACUCCGAGCCCGCCUCUUCCCGUGGGCGGGGUUACCGGUCGGCGCGGCCGGGGUCGCGCCAGUGCGCAGCCGCGAGAGGGCGGUACCACGGCGGCCGCGAGAUGGGGGGGCGCGGAGCAGACGCCGGAAGUAGCGGUGGUACAGGUCCCACCGAGGGGUACUCACCGCCGGCAGCGUCCACCCGCGCCGCGGCUAAAGCCAAGGCCCGAGGGGGUGGGCGUGGCGGCCGCCGGAACGCAACACCCUCUGUUCCCUCUUCUCGCGGAGCGGCGCCGCGUCGCUCCCCUCCACCGGCUGCCAUGAGCGAGCGCCUCCGCCCCAGGAAAAGGAGAAGGAAUGGCAAUGAAGAAGACCAUCAUCUUCCCCCCCAGACCAAAAGGAGUAGUAGAAACCCUGUCUUUCAUGAUUCCUGGGACACAGAGACAGUACCUGUAACGAAAAACAGUAAAGAAAACAGACUAAGAGGAAACAAAGUGUUCUGCGCGUCUUCAAGCAGCGACAGUGGUGGGAGCAGCGGCGGCAGCAGCAUCAACAGCCCGGACCGGGCAAGCGGGCCAGAGAGCAGCUUGAACCACGUGGCGGCCGGCUCCGGCCCUAACACCCCUCAGCCUGUUCCCGAGCAGUCUGCACUGUGCCAGGGCCCUUACUUCCACAUCAACCAGACCCUGAAGGAGGCCCACUUCCAUAGCCUACAGCACCGAGGACGGCCUCCGACAUGAUGUGCCGCCAGUUUCUUGCCUUCUGUGAAGGGACAGCGCUGUGCAGAUUUGAUAUUUCAACUUAUGAUGUUUUAAAAAAUUGCACAAAAAUAUGCCUGUUGGCUUUUCAGUCUAUAUUUGAAAUAACAGGUUGACAGGCAGUUGUUUACUUGUGGUUUUGCUGCACUAUUGCAAUUUCAAAGGGGCUUUGAAGCAAUUUUUUAUAGGAUUCUUUUGAGGGUGGGUAUCAAAUCCAUGUCGAGGUAAUGGUAUGAGGAAAUCUCAUCUGCGUGUUGAAUCCAUAGUUUGUCCAGUUCCGAAUGAUUUCCAGAUCUGUCAAUUAGAAAUUCUACUUUAUGUAAAAAGGCCUUUUAAAAAUGCGGGAUCUUCAAUUUUUUAAAUUCAAUAAACUAGUAAAGAGUAUCUAGUUUCCAUGAAAAAACCUAAGUUGUUUUCCAAAAU